AGUUCUAGCUCCAAGUCAUCCUAUCCCACUGCUUUAAUUAUGCACACUCAGAGGCCCCCCUGUCUGAGGUUUGGGUCGAGUUGAUGCUGCUGAAUUGACUUUAUUGGUUAUUGGCUUCUGGUAAAGAGGAGGACGUACUGUAAGUCUUUUUUCAGUCCUCCUUAGUCUUUAGGUUUUUUUGCAGGCUUUAGGGAUCCUCUUUACGCUACAGGGGAACAAAAUAAAGAGGGACUGCUGCUUCUUGGAGCUACCAGAGUGUGAAAUUGGAGUAUGAGAAUGGAGAACAUCAAGCCUGUAAAAGAGGUUCUCCCCCUGCCACGCCAUCCCAGCCCACUUCCUUUGACCUCCACCUCUAUAACUGCUGCUGCCUCCUCCAAAAAACCAGCUACAGGGUCCAUCCAGCAUGUUCACUUGGCCUCUUCAGUGGUGACAUCCUUCAAUCACCUGAGGCCUCCAGAGAGGGACCUCACGCCGAUGUCUCAGAUGAAGCCUAUUAAAUCACUGAAGCACGCCGGCUUAACUGCAGUCUUUACCGGGCAAACUUGGUUUGACAGCGAAGAGGUGCAGGAGGAGUCACCAAGUGUCAACGUUAUCUUGGCUGACAUUGACUCCCUGGUGCCAACCCAUGAUGAAGCUGGACGCCCCAUACCAGAAUGGAAACGACAGGUGAUGGUGAGGCAGCUGCAGGUCAGGAUGCAAGAUGAAGAGGUGGAGGCGAAACAGGGUUCGUUGCAUGAGUUUACGCCACUGGAUUCCUGGAAGUACUCCCAGACUCACAAUGCUAUACUAGGGCCCUUUGGUGAGCUGCUAACAGACGAAGAUCUGAUUUACUUACAGCAGCAAAUUGAGUCUGUUUCUCUGCAGAAACGCUGCCAGGCCUAUGAGCUGGAGUUGACCAGGCUAACCGAGGAGUUAAAGGCAAUUUUACCCGAUCCUAUUGUGAAUAUUUCCCUCAACAGGGAGGUGCUACAAAAAAUGGACUCUGAGGGAAAAACGCACCUGACUCUACCUGUCUGGUGUGAUCGUAUCUCAGAGAUAGUAAAGAACAUGUCCCUGCUGGUGGCUAGUUUGACUAAGACACAAGGAAAAGGAAGCGAGUUGGGAGUGGUGGGAGGAGUGGUUGAUGACAUGAAGGGUUUGCAGGAAAAUAAAACGGCUUUUGAAAUCGAUUUGGAUUCAGGAUUGAUGCAACAGAGCAUAGGGAAGGAGCCUACACCUAUGGUGACAUCCAGCGGAUGCAGGAUACCCCAUAUUGGGAUGGCAUCUGCUUUCAGCCACCGUUUAGAGAGCAUCAGCUACAGUAGAGAACAGAGAGAGAGGGUGGAGAGGGAGAUUCAGCAGUCUGGUGUGUCAGUAAAAAACCUAAGGUCCAACUUUGAGGGUCAGAUUGGAAGCAUUUAUCCCUUUGCGGGAGUUGUACAUGGAGCACAGCGGAUGAAGGGUAAGAAUUGGGUCGGACCAUCGGCUGGAAAAAGCGAGGAUGUCAACAGUCAUCUUAGUGUGCCUAAAAGCAAUGAAACUGUGAUGGAGACUGCCAGCUUAAGAAAGGAGCGGAUAGUUGUGUUAUUCCUGAGCCAUUGGAAGAAGUCUGCAUAUGCCAUCUCAAUGAGAGCAGCAAGGCAGAGACAGGAAGCAUCUGCUGCAUCAGGGAGCGCUACCACAGCACAGCCAAAACAGAAAGCCCACUCCCUGUUCCGGUUCUGCCAACAACGAGGUGCUGUCGACAAAAUGCUUAACUCCUGGAGGAAUAAACUGGAGUUACAGUAUUCUCUGAAAUCCAACAUGGCCUCCUCAAAAAAUACACAAAACUGUGAUGUGCCGUACUCUCCAGAGCAGUUCUUGCCAGAAGUGGAUGGAGUUGCAAUGAGCCAUGACAGCUUGACCCUCAACCUCUUCAUGCUGGGUUAUUUCCACAUCUUAGAGCAAGAUUUGUCUGCUGAGGAGAGAAAGAUGAGACAUCUCCUCUGCUUCGAGGUUUUCGACCAUGUCAGCUUCUUCCCCUGGGAGAAGGUGAGGGAUUUCCACAAAGCCGUUCUUCAGGAAAUUCAGGCUGGAAGGCGACAGUGGAGCGACGGCUUUGAAGACCUUAAGACUAAAUUUUUCGGUGAAUCAACACCAUGUGACUGUUCAUCAUCAUCAUCGUUGAGAGACUUUAAACCAUUGCCCAAGGUUAUAGUGCAAAAUGCAACUCCCGAGGAGAGCGGCAGCUGCGCAGACUUUUCUUGUUUCAACAAUGAAGAUAUAUGUACAUAUAUUGAUCGCAGUUUUGCUUUCUGGAAAGAAAAAGAAGCAGAGCUGUUUCAGUUUGAACACUGA